AUGGCAAGCCUACCCGGCUUUACCACCAACUUCCCCGCGGGAUACCCAACCUUUCAAGCACGCAGCAACAGCAGCGGGCCUUUUGCGCACCACAAUAGCGGCGCUGGCAGCUCAUCGUCAGGCGGAGGAGGAGGAGCAACAGCAGAGUCGCCGCACGCGCACGCAUCAGCACCACCACCCCAGCCAGCCGCAGAACCACACUUUGACAUUUUCGAAUGGCACCCCGCGUACCAAAGCUGCCAGCGCUACUUCCUCGACCACGCGCAGCACGACAACGGCGUCCAGGCCGUCUGCGCCCUCAUCAACAUCUGCCUCCCCUUCCAAUGGUCGCAAAACCCGCUCUUGAGCUCCUCGGGCCCACUACCACACGCCUCGGGGCCGGCCGCGUACAACAUGGGGUGGCCGCGCCAAGGUCCGGUUGCAUCGUCGCGCAUGCCCGGAA